AUGACCAAGCUCACGAACGAGAAGAUUUCGCAGUUUAAAGCCGCAAUCUAUCUGCAGAACAUUAAAUUUCACUGUGUAGCAUCAUCAGCUAACCUUUGGGCAUUUAUCUUGGAUUCUGGGACGGGUUACUCUUCUCAAGUUUGUGAUUUGUCCUCAAACUUCUUGCGCAAGAGCUGGAUUAUGGAACAAUGGAAAAAGAACUAUCAUAUUAGUUCAAUAGCUGGUGCAAAUAACGACAAGUCCUUGGUUGUUAUGUCACAAGGUACUAAUUAUACUCAACAAUCAUACAAAAUCACUCGCUCAUUCCCAUACACUUGGAUUAAUAAAAAGUGGAGAGAUGGUUUUCAUGUAACCUCCAUGGCUACCGCGGGGAGUCGUUGGUGCGUUGUAAUGUCCACGAACUCAUGCUAUUCUGACCAGGUACCAAUCUUGAGGCACUUCUAA